CCAUAGGCGUUCGCCAGGGGAGCUGCCCUUGGCAGGAGAAAAGUUGAAUUGGUGGACAUCUUGACAUGGGGUUGUCUCAAAAUGUUUGUCCCCAGACUACCAUUGGGACCAUGGUUCAUCAUCCUUAUUCCAAUGGAAAUACGCACGUUGGGGAAUUUUAGAGACAAUCCCUCGAGUUGCGGCACGGCUUUGUCAAUCGAUUGACCUGCAAAAAAACACUGCUGAGUCUCAACACUCGACAGGUAAACAAAAAGAAGUGCGAGGCAUGUUCGGCAGAAGAAGUGUGCUUUAGACCUUUUGGGAGGCCACGGGGUUCCAAUAUCCCAUCAAUGGCUUUCCUUGCCAGUCUUGAAUUUAGUGCCUGCGACUCAGCUGUCUAGUCCAGUGCAAUGUAUAGGCAACACUUGAAAAAUCAUGAAAAAACCAGAGUUUGUGGGGAACUAGCCUAUGAUCAUGUUGCAGUCGUGUUGCCGAAGCUGCCAGAUAAGAACUAUUCUGCUAAAGAUCAGCGUGCCCGUUGGGUUUGUUUCCACAUUCCAAAUCUAUGGGCAAAGAAAGGUGGAACUUGCAACCCAACUGCAGAUAUCAGCAGCCUGCGGCACGCAGCACACUUCCGUGUGUGCAGAAGGCGUUCUCGUGAUUUUUGUUCUCACGCCAAAAUUCAAAAAAUUAUGCACAAGCUCACAGCCGCGUCAUCUAUGGAGCAAUGAACCUGCCACUGACAGAGCGAAAAGUGGAGAUAUGAGAAAA